UCUUAUUGUGGGAAAAACUAUUAAUUGCAAACUACUACUCCUCUCGAACAAGAAAAUUAAUAAAUGUAACAAACGUACCGCUAAGACCCACAAAAAUUCAAUAUCCGCAGAUUUUUGGUAUUCAAUUUUAGUAAUAAUACCAAAAAUCAAAGUUCCAGUUUUUAUAUUUUCCCACAAGAUUGAAAAAAAAAAAGAGACAGCUUUGCUACAGACUUACAGAGCCAGUUAAUUGAGUAGGAAUCAUCUUUUUCUUGAGGUUUUUUCAUGUUCGAUGGCCUCAAGUGCUUCAAGAUUCAUCAAGUGUGUUACGGUUGGUGAUGGCGCUGUUGGCAAGACUUGUAUGCUUAUUUGCUAUACCAGUAACAAGUUUCCUACUGACUAUGUUCCAACGGUAUUUGACAACUUCAGUGCUAAUGUGGUUGUUGAAGGGACCACGGUAAAUUUAGGUCUUUGGGAUACUGCAGGACAAGAAGAUUACAACAGACUACGACCACUGAGCUACCGAGGAGCAGAUGUUUUUGUCCUAGCGUUCUCCUUGGUUAGUCGUGCAAGCUAUGAGAACAUACUUAAAAAGUGGAUUCCUGAACUUCAGCAUUAUGCUCCUGGAAUUCCGGUGGUAUUAGCCGGCACCAAACUUGUUGACAGACUUUAUUUUGCUUCCUUUACACUUAUUCAACGUGGAAUCUCAUUCUAUGGAGAAAGAAAAGUGAAUAUUAGUGUAUCUAAAAAUCAUGAUCUUCGCGAGGAUAAGCACUUCUUGGCUGAUCAUCCUGGAUUAGUUCCUGUCACCACUGCGCAGGGAGAGGAGCUGCGGAAACAAAUUGGUGCUGCCUAUUAUAUCGAAUGUAGCUCUAAGACACAGCAGAAUGUGAAAGCUGUAUUUGAUGCUGCAAUCAAGGUCGUCAUCAAGCCACCACAAAAGCAAAAGGAGAAGAAAAAACAACGUCGAGGAUGUCUUAUGAAUGUGAUGUGUGGAAGGAAGCUCAUCUGUUUGAAGUGACAACUCAAUGUAUAUACUUCCAUCAAUUCGGUCUCUAGCAUGAUCAUAUCAGUGGCUUGAGCGCACUGCUUACAAAACUUAGAUUUCAAUGAGAACUUUUACGAUGAGACUAAUGUAUUUGUUUAUCUGCAGUCCAACUUGUUGCUGGACGGACUAGAUUUGUCUUUGUAAAAAAUUACAUGAGUACUAGGUUUAUUGCAAGGAGAUGCGAUUAAUUCUGUUAUACCUAA